CCGGCGCGCCGCCGCCCGGGCCGGGGUCGUGGCGCGUCAGCGCUUCCGGCCGCGCCCGGGGCUGAGCGGGAGCAGCGGCCGGGAACGGAACGGGAACCGAGCGGGGACGGAACGGGAACCGAGCGGGAACCGUGCCUUCGCUGGGAUCCAGCUCCGCUCCAUCCCUGUCCCAGGGAUUCCUGGCAAGUCAGGCUUGGCGUUUAGGCUCUCGUGGGCUUCCAGCUCGGUGGCCGCGCCGAGGAGCCGGCGAUGGCUCCGAGGUGGGCGUGAAGGACCUGGGAGCUCCUCGGAUCCCCACGGAGCGUGGCGGCGGCAUUCCCGGGAAGAUGGAGAGCAAUCCGGUGCUGCUGGAAUCCAAGUCGUCCCCGCUGAACCUCCUGCACGAGAUGCAGCAGCUGCGGCUGCUGGGCCACCUGUGCGACGUGACGGUCAGCGUGGAGUACCAGGGCGUGCGCGCCGAGUUCCCGGCGCACAAGGCCGUGCUGGCCGCCACCAGCAAGUUCUUCAAGGAGGUGUUCCUCAACGAGAAGGCGGCUGACGGCCCCCGCAGCAACGUCUUCCUCAACGAGGUGCAGGUGGCCGACUUCGCCUCCUUCCUGGAGUUCGUCUACACGGCGCGCGUGGAGGUGGAGGAGGACAGGGUGCAGCGCAUGCUGGAGAUCGCCGAGAAGCUCAAGUGCCUGGACCUCUCCGAGACCUGCUUCCAGCUGAAGAGGCAGAUGCUGGAGUCCGUGCUGCUGGAGCUGCAGAGCUUCUCGGAGUCGCAGAGCCCCGAGGGGGAGAGCGCGGCCGAGGCCAAGCGGGAGCCCCCGGAGCCGCCGGCGGCCGAGGGGCCGGCUGCCAAAGCCAGGGAGAAGGCGGACAGAAAGAAGGAAGCGCUGAAGGCUCCGUACGCCAAGAUCCGCAGGGCGAGCGGGCGGCUGGCCGGCAGGAAGGUGUUCGUGGAGAUCCCCAAGAAGAAAUACACCCGCAGGCUGCGGGAGCAGCAGCGCGACGCCGGCGCCGCCGAGCGGGAGGAGCCGUCCCAGGGCGAGGAGGGGCAGUGCAAGCAGGAGGAGAGCUCCGGGGAAACCGAGGCCGCCCGCCCGGACAACCCGGCGGAAGGCGGCGAGGGGGACAGGAAGAAGCAGCGCGGUGGCGGCGGCAGCGGCGGGGGCUUCAAGUGCGGCACGUGCCAGAAGGAGUUCCUGUACGAGAAGAGCUUCCUGAAGCACGUGCAGCAGAGCCACGGGGCGGCGGCGGCGCCCGAGUUCCGCUGCGAGACGUGCGCGCAGACCUUCGCCAACCGCUGCAACCUGCGCAGCCACCAGCGGCACGUGCACAGCAGCGAGCGCCGCUUCCCCUGCGAGCUCUGCGCCAAGCGCUUCAAGCGCGGCAAGGACGUGCGGCGCCACGUGCUGCAGGUGCACGAGGGCGGCGCCGAGCGGCACCAGUGCCAGCAGUGCGGCAAGGCGCUCAGCUCCAGGACCGCCCUGCGCCUGCACGAGAGGACGCACACGGGACACAAGCCCUACGGCUGCCCCGAGUGCCAGGCCAAGUUCUCGCAGCCUUCCGCCCUCAAAACGCACAUGAGGAUCCACACGGGGGAGAAGCCCUUUGUGUGCGAUGAGUGCGGGGCGCGCUUCACCCAGAACCACAUGCUCAUCUACCACCGGCGCUGCCACACAGGGGAAAGGCCUUUCAUGUGUGAGACCUGUGGGAAGAGCUUUGCCUCCAAGGAAUACUUGAAACACCACAACCGGAUCCACACGGGAUCCAAGCCCUUCAAGUGUGAGGUUUGCUUCCGGACCUUUGCCCAGCGGAAUUCCCUCUACCAGCACAUCAAGGUCCACACAGAUCCACGACAAGAACACCCCCUGGAAAUCCUUCCUCGUCAUCGUGGAAGGAGCCACCAAGAACGACGAGGGGCACAAAACGGAGCUUCCCGACGAGGAAUACGAGGUGUCCCCCAAAAUCCCGGACAAGCUGCUGGCCUUCCCAGAGAACAGCCCCUACCAGAGCCUGGCAGCGGGGCCGGGAAGCGGGAAUUCCAGCACGGAGCGGAAGGGCUCCGGAGCGCAGGAAUCCCUGCUGGGAGAGCUCACCGUGCUGCACGCGCAGACAGACUCCGGGCAGCCCCAGCUCUGUUCAGCCCUGGUGAACAUGGAAUGAUUCGGGAUUGCCUCCCGCUCCUUGGGCUGCAGCCCUUGGACAGUCCCGGGCCUGAGGGAGGCCGGUGUUGGGAAGCUGGGAAAGAGCGGAUUUCCAGCUUUCCUCUGGACAUUCCUUCCCCAGCUCCAUCUCCUGGAGGUCGGGCGGGGUGGCACCGCACCAGGGAACGUGUGGGAGUGGAUUCCCCGGGAAUUCAGGUAGCUCGGUGGUGCAGGUGUGUUUUCCAGGGAAUUCGAUGCCACGUGGACAAUCAGGAGAAGCGAUGUUUCUCCCUGACAUUCGCUGUGUUUUCCCCAGUGGAAUUCCAUCCAGGAAAAGUCUGGCUGCGUUUGCUCUUCAGGAAAUGUUGGUUUCUCUCUGCUUUUGCCAAAGAUCCCCAGGAGUGGGAGUGGCUUUGGAGUUCCAUUCCAGGAGUUUGGAGUCUCUGAGCAGCAAAACGGGGCAGGUGGCAGCCAAGUGCUACUUCCAUGGUUUUACAAUUCCAUGGAAACUGGAGCAGUCUGGCACUUGGAUCCUGCCAGUUCUCACCUUCCAGCUGCUCCCAGGGAAUCGGGCACUUAGGAGGCCCGAACAUCUCCUGGAAUAAAGUCUGGGAAAAGGAGCUGUGCUGGGAAGGGCUCGGCUCAGAGGCUUCUCCUGCUCCUUUUUAGUGGAAUGGGAUUUGGGGGGAUUUCCCCAGGGCAGGGAAGGAGCCUUGGGAGCGUUGUCCAGCUGGGCCCGCUCCCGUUUUUUUCGGAGCAGCGAGUCCCUGCUGCGGUUUAACGCUCCAAACCUCGGGAUGGGCUUCCCAGAGGAAAAACCCGCAGCUUUUCCCGUUCCUUUUCCCACUCCUGUGCCUGUUCCUGUGGUAUUCCCCCGGCGAUCCCUCAGUGAAGAUGUGAGCAGAACUUUGGGAAAGGGAAGCACAAUCCAAGCCCGGUGAGACCCAGCAAUAAAGGAACCCUCCCCACCUGUGGCACAGAGCUGGUUUUUGGGAUAAAGGGAUGGCGGAGGCGUUCCCAGGGAAUUCUUAAGCAAGAAAAAAAAGGGAAUUUUUGUACCAGAGGACAUUUCCAAGGGGUUAUAUUUGAGAUAUUUAUUCUUCCUGCUGGAGCUCAGACAUUCCCAAUGGAAGGAAGGGGGUUGUAGGAAUAUUUAAAGGCUGAGCACUCGGAUCUGGAGCCGGGGAAUGUUUGGUAUUCCAGGAACAUACGGAAGUGAGUAACUUGUUUGAGCUGUUCCUAUUAAAAUACGGAAUAUGGAGACCUCA